AUGGCCUCCAUAGACCGCCCCCAUGGCACCACCCUCGCCGCCCUCAAAGGCAUCGCCAUCACCGCCUCCCUCCUCACCGCCGGCGAACUCGGCACCAUCUCCCUCACCCUCCCCUCCCUCUACCCCGCCGCGCAGACCUCCCACCGCCUCGCCGCCCAACAGUUCGCCUCCCUCUACCGCACCGCAAAGGCCACCGGACCCCCGGUCGAGAUCGCUACAACACUCAUCUGCUCCGCCCUCGCCUACGCCGGGUACACGCACAACCGCUCCAGCGUGGCCUGGAAACUCUGGGCCGCGGCGGCCGGGAGCAUGUUCUACGUGAUCCCCUGGACGAUCGCGCUGAUGGAGGCGCCGAGCUAUAAGUUGCUGUGGGUCAGUGAGGUAGCGAGCAGCGCGACGGUGACGAAGUUGCCGGCGGUCAAGGUGACGAGCGCGGAGAAGGCGGCCGGAGGGCUUGGGGUGCCGCAGGGCAGUGCGCAGAGGAAUGGGGCGUUGACGCCGAUGGAGGAGUUUGAGCCGUUCGAAGACGACAUGAUGACGCAGACGGAGUACGAGCAGUUGAAGGUUAUGAAGUUGUUGAAGAAGUACAACUCGCUGAACAUGGUGAGGGUGGUUGGGCCGUUGGCGGCGGGUGUGCUUGGGCUGUGGGCUGCUCUCAUUGAGUAA